UCGAUCCGCGACCGAGUUUGCGUCUUUGGGGUCUCUCCUGCUCAACCGAACGCCUCUCCUUCGUUGGUUUCUUCCUCCCCAAAUCGAAACCCUCGUUCGAAUUGCGCGAAUCCCGAAGAAUCCGCUCUUCUUCUCCUUCUUCUCCUUCUUCUCCCUCCAUGAUCGAGCACCAUUGACGAUAGGGCAAAGCUAAGCUAUCGCCAUCGUCGUCGUGUCGAACCCUAAUCGCGAACUCAUGGCGCAAUCGGAGAAGCUUUACCCCGUGAUCGAAGAUUGCGAUGUACGGGCGCCGGAGAAGGAUCCAUCCGAUCCCUUGGAUGCGGCGGAUCCUAGAGCUUCUUCUAUUCCCGAUGACGAAGGGGACGAGGUUCCUAGAAUAACAGAGGAGAAAACCAACAACAUUCCUUUGAUAAAUGAUACAUCAUGUGAUUCAGAGACGGCCGAAGGCCAAGCUUCUAAUUCGAAGUCAGAUACAGCUCAUGAGAUUGUAAAGGGAAAGCCAGGGAAAUACUUCUACUACGACUCCCCACUUUAUGAAGAAACCGGCUUUUGGAUACCUGUCUCUGUCCCACCAAUGACUGAAAGGGAUCAUGAGGAGUGGCAUAGGGGCUUUGGUUCUAAUGGUGGAUACUUUCCUGAUGAGGAAAUCAGAUGGGACCAAUUUUUCGCUGAAGACAAGGAAAUGACAAUGUGGGACGUGGUUUCUGAAAUAAUUCUUACGGCAAGAGGCAAAGUAAGGGCUCUCACUUCUGGUGAUUUCGCAAAUUGUGGGAUAUCGUGGGUUUCCACCCAACUUCUUUCAGAAGCUUGGAAGGAAAUGGCCCAGACACUGUCAGAAGCCAAUUUCGGUAAUGCAAAGGAGAUCCUCGACACAGAGCCAACAAAGUGGUUGCCCGACAGUGUGUCAACUUCUUGCAUGCUUUGUAAUGUCCGCUUUCAUCCCAUAAUGUGCUCUAGGCAUCAUUGCCGGUUUUGUGGUGGGCUAUUUUGCAGCGAGUGUUCAAAAGGCCGGAGCUUGCUGCCUCCAAAAUUUAGAACUAACGAGCCUCAGCGGGUGUGUGAUGUAUGCUGUGUGCGACUAGAGGGGGUGCAGGCUUAUCUUAUGGAUCAGGUUAGUCGUGCAUCGCAACUGCCCACUCAUGAUCUGACUGACCUCAGCACCUUAAGAUCAUGGAUGAACUUCCCUUGGGGACGGACGAUGGAGUACGAGAUAUACAAAGCAGCAAACACAAUUCGUGGUUAUUGUAAGGUGGGCUUGUUGAAACCGGAGAAAUCCAUCCCUGAUUCCAUUCUCAAACAAGCGAAAGGCCUUGCAAUACUUACUGUUGUGAAGGUUGGGAUGAUGGUAACAUACAAAAUCGGGACUGGGCUGGUUGUUGCUCGUAGGGAGGACGGUUCCUGGUCUGCACCCUCUGCCAUUUCUACUUUUGGCCUUGGAUGGGGAGCUCAGGCUGGAGGGGAGUUGACCGACUUCAUAAUUGUGCUGAGGAACAAAGAUGCCAUCAAAACCUUCAGUGGAGAUGCACAUUUGUCGUUUGGGGCUGGUGUUAGUGCUGCUGCUGGUAUUGUUGGACGAACAGCUGAGGCUGAUCUCCGUGCAGGUGACGGUGGUUAUGCCGCAUGCUACACUUACAGUUGCAGCAAAGGUGCAUUUGUAGGUUGUGCUCUUAAUGGAAGCGUAGUUACAACCCGGUCUUCAGAAAAUUCCCGCUUCUAUGGUGCUCCAAUGAAGGCAUUGGACAUUCUUCUCGGCUCUACACCGAAGCCUCCUGCAGCCACUAUUCUCUAUCGCGCCCUAUCAGACCUGUUCGAAAAGCUGGAGAAGUAAUCAUCCUUGAUUUAGAAUUCGUCGCCGUGCGUGUGUCAUAGUCUUCGAACCGGCAUGAUUUGUUUCGGAUCGAGCUGUUUAUCUUUGGCUUGAUUACCGCUUAUAAUUAAGCAAUUGUACGGCUCUAAAGACUGCUAUUAAAAGGUCAUUCAUUGGUGCAUAUACAGGUUUAUGAACAUGAUUCUUCUGGAUCUAGUGUACAUAAAAUAAUGAUAAAACUCUCUGUAAAUAAUAGGGCAAAUAUGUUCUAUUCAGUUAUUCUUAAUUUAGUGGUGCAUUUAUUAUCA